GGCUCGGAUGACUCCGCCUCUCCGUGCCGGGUAGCUCUUCAGCCGUAGCGGGGAAAGGAAGGGAGCGUUUCCCCGGAGGACUCGCCUUGGCUCUGAGGCUCGCUCGGAAGCUCAAUUACACCGGAGGACCAGGACUGCCCGCGCAGCCUGCGCCUAGGCGAGACCGAUCCCCAGCAGCUUCAUGGGACGCUCCCGAGGACUCCCUCUGUGCCCUGCCACGGUGCCCCGAUUCUAGGCGUCCGGACUCCACGGUUCACCCUGCCCGCAGCCCGCGGCCUGUCCAGAGUGGAGUAUGCGGCCCGGGGUCCCGUGGACUCCGGCCACCGGGCGGCGCUGGCCUAGCUUCGGAGCCAGGAGCCCGAGGGCAGCAAGUGAGGAGCCGCGAGAGGCAGAAAGGCGUCGGGGCGCGGAGAGAAGCGCUCCAGCCCGGGUGUCCGCUGGGCCGGACGACCGCUGCGUGGCCUGAACGCCCGGCAGAGGCGGAUCGCCCUGCCGCCCCGGUUCCGGGGAGACUGCAGGGGGCUCCGCCGCGGCCCCUGACUUCUGGCCACCAUCCUCACGCUCCUGCUCCUACGGCGGGGAUGUCACGGCCCCGGCUCCGAGCGCCGCCCCAGCCCCGGGGCUGAGCUGCGGACCAUGUCCUCCCGCAGCCCCCGGCCCCCGCCCCGCCGCUGCCGCCGCCGCCUGCCGCGCCCCUCCUGCUGCUGCUGCUGCUGCCGCCGCUCGCACCUCAACGAGGACACCGGCCGCUUCGUGCUGCUGGCCGCACUCAUCGGCCUCUACCUGGUGGCGGGCGCCACCGUGUUCUCGGCGCUCGAGAGCCCGGGCGAGGCGGAGGCGCGGGCGCGCUGGGGCGCCACGCUGCGCAACUUCAGCGUUGCGCACGGCGUGGCGGAGCCGGAGCUGCGCGCCUUCCUCCGGCACUACGAGGCCGCGCUGGCCGCCGGGGUCCGCGCCGACGCGCUGCGCCCGCGCUGGGACUUCCCUGGAGCCUUCUACUUCGUGGGCACCGUGGUGUCGACCAUAGGUUUCGGCAUGACCACACCAGCCACAGUGGGCGGGAAGGCCUUUCUCAUCGCCUACGGCCUGUUCGGCUGCGCGGGGACCAUCCUGUUCUUCAACCUCUUUCUGGAGCGCAUCAUCUCGCUGCUGGCCUUCAUCAUGCGCGCCUGCCGGGAGCGCCAGCUGCGCCGCAGUGGCCUGCUGCCCGCCACCUUCCGCCGCGGCUCGGCGCUGUCCGAGGCCGACAGCCUGGCGGGCUGGAAGCCCUCGGUGUACCAUGUGCUGCUCAUCCUGGGCCUGUUCGCCGUGCUGCUGGCCUGUUGCGCCUCGGCCAUGUACACCAGCGUGGAAGGCUGGGACUACAUGGACUCGCUGUACUUCUGCUUCGUCACCUUCAGCACCAUCGGCUUCGGGGACCUAGUGAGCAGCCAGCACGCCGCCUACCGGAACCAGGGGCUCUACCGCCUGGGCAACUUCCUCUUCAUCCUGCUCGGAGUGUGCUGCAUCUACUCGCUCUUCAACGUCAUCUCCAUCCUCAUCAAGCAGGUGCUCAACUGGAUGCUGCGCAAACUGAGCUGCCGCUGCUGCACGCGCUGCUGCCCGGCUCCCGGCGCGCCCCUGGCCCGGCGCAACGCCAUCACCCCGGGCUCCCGGCUGCGCCGUCGCCUGGCCGCGCUGGGGGCCGACCCCGCGACUCGCGACAGCGACGCCGAGGGCCGCCGCCUGUCGGGCGAGCUCAUCUCUAUGCGCGACCUCACGGCGUCCAACAAGGUGUCGCUGGCGCUGCUGCAGAAGCAGCUGUCCGAGACGGCCAACGGCUACCCGCGCAGCGUGUGCGUCAACACGCGCCAGAACGGCUUCUCGGGCGGCGUGGGCGCGCUGGGCAUCAUGAACAACCGGCUGGCAGAAACCAGCGCCUCCAGGUAGAGCGGCCGCCCGCCCCCAGCGCCAGGGACCCGGCCCGGGCUGCGCGCCGCCGGGCGGGUUUGCUUCACUUCUCACCGAGAUGGCGCUUUCUUAAUCUUUAUCCAAUAAAAACGAAACCAAAAAACAA